AUGAGAUAUCUAGGGUUGUUAGGUAAUCCUUCAGACAAUGAGUUUACAUGCUUUACUCCUCCAAGACCUGAACAACAUCCUCCUCCUGAACAACAUCCUCCUCCGGAACCUAAGAGACGUAACUUUGGUCAGGAAAAUCAUCAGGAAUCAGCUAUUACGUUUGAAGCCAAGAAGGAGAAAAUCGAUGCCAAGAAUAGCCUAGAUACAUACGUGUACAACAUGAAGAAUCAAGCGAGCGACAAGGACAAGCUUGCAACCAAAUUGAAAGCAGAUGAGAGGGAGAAGAUCAAAGAUGAGAAUUCUCAGAAGGGGCUUAUUCAAUCCAAAGCCGAUGGAAAGCUAGUGGAGUUGAAUUCUCACGGUAGUAUGAGCAAGGAAAUAUUCUGA